GCUUCGCACGUGCCAUCGACGCAGUUCAUCAAUGAUACUGAAGCUGAUAAACCGGCACAAGGUUAUCUGAUUUCGAUCUUCUCCGCCGGCGAUUCACCGUCUCAGAGUUCGAGCUCAGAGAGAAGAGAAUGAAAUUAGCUCCGAAAGUAAUAUUUCUCAUCAUUGAUUCCGAGGGUUUCGCCUCAGCCAUUUCCGGUGCUCUUCGCCCCAACCCUCCUUUCACGGUUUCCACGCGAGAUGAAUGCUUCGAGUUCUCCCUGGAGGACUAUGGAAUCAAAGACCACAAGGCCUCCGGGAGCGUCAUUCACUAUCUCGACGAUAAGGGAAUCUAUCUGGUCUCAGUGUUGAUCUUACAAAGUUACGAUCCUCCAGUCUUGGCAUGUGCUCUAAAUGAAGUUCUUUCACAUAUAGCAGGAGGAAGUUCACCCUCUUCUUCAAAACCCGCUCUUGUAGUCCCAUUCGUUAUUGCAUCCUCGAAGCUCAAGUGGGAGAACAAAACUCUCACUAAAACUGAUCGGUCUGUUCUUCUGCACGGUGCUGCGAUGGGUCCAGAAACCGAUAUUUCUCGAACGUUGAUUGCCAAAGUCCAGAAACUGCCAUCAACUUCACAGAUCUAUUGCGAACAACUGGCCUGUUUAUUUCACUUGAUUCGCUUCUUGAACAUUCCUGCUUUUUUCCUGGUUGGACGUACCGGUCGUAUUCUUUCCAAUCAAGCUGCAGGAGAAGAGAUUCAGAUAAUGAGGGAAAUGGGUGAGCUUUUAGCAAGCUCAUUGCCACUCAGCUUCUCAAGGGAAGAAAUCGUUUGGAAUCCAAAAGAAACAUCAAAAGAUGUCCAGGAGCCAUGGCGUGCAUUAUAUGGCUGAUGGUAUGGUUCAUCUGCUUACAAAUACAAUGACUAAGAACUUUGUUCUUUUUUAUAUAGCAACCAAUUUCUUUUAUCUUUGAAUUUGCUUUCAAAGCAAAUGUUCUUCGAUUGGCUAACAUGGAGGCAAUAGUGAAGAAUGAACGAAGGUAGAGGGAGGAAGAAAGGAUGAUUUUGAUUUUGAUUUUGAUUUUGAUUUUUU